AUAUACAUGAAAAACAAAACAAUGAUAGAACAUAAGAACAAGAUUUAAUUGAAGAUUAAUCCAAGAUCGACAAGGCGGAGAGGCGCGUUGCUGGGCCCGCGCCAAGACUUUGUUUUUUGAGCAGCAACAGAGCUUCAGCUUUCCGCCUUUCAAGUCCCUCUCUGAGGUUGCGAGCGAUUUUACUAUUUCAUUCCACCCCCAACUCUACCGCGGCAGGGAGACCAUGGAGCCCUGAAGUGAACAUCUAUAACCCCGUGGAAAAUCAUCUGUCGUCAAUCUCCCCAUCAUGGCGAAGAUUUACAAGGACACAAGAGUCGACCUCCGGCCGUACUCGCCGAACACAGUCGUCAACAUCCCAAUCCCAACAACACACGAGAGCGCGCAGCGUCGAACCCGAUUCUCCGUCUCCUCCCUUACAGACAGCGAAGAGCCCGCCGCGAAAGAUGAGGACGAAUUCGCAAGACGCUACCUGGCGACUCAAGGGUCCAUCUACUUUCGAAAACGAAGGGCUUAUCCCCGAACGUUCCUGUGGAGGGUUGUCAAUGACAACAAGGUGUUGGAAAUCCAGUGCGUGGAUCUGACCAAGGCUGGGGUUGAAAAAUUUGAAUACAAUGUUACUCUGCGCUUGGACUUUCAGGAGGACAUCAUCCCUUCAGGAGUUGCUUUCGCGGAUUUGGAAGACCAUGAAAUGCUGAGCGUGUUUGUGAUUACGGCCUCUAAGCAACUGCACACUUUGACGCUGCGCCCGGAGUUCUUCCGCAGGACGGCGGCUAUUGAUGAGAAUGUGUCCGAGUGGUGCAAGUCUUGUGUGCCUGCGCCUUUGUCUUUCUCUUACCCUCACCGACUUCAUGCGAGCAGUCCGUUGGAGCUGUUCAUCUCGCUUGAUAAUGGAGCGCUUUUGCGCUUAACUAGGCGAUCUGGCGAUGAUGGCUCGCAUUGGUCCCCUCUUACCUUCGAUGAGAGAACAUGGGGUUCGUCAAUCCGUGGCCUGGUUAGGUGGACGGCGCAACCUUCGAUGAAAUUCCGAGGACGCACUCUCGAUCCAAACUUGGCAAAUGCCAUCGCUACUACAUCAGAUGAGACAUAUGUCUUCGCCGUCUGCUUGAAUCACACCUUGAAAAUUUGGAACCUUGCUACAAAUAAAUUGGCUGCCACCAAGGACUUGUUGGGCCGAAAUAUCCAGCAGCCAGAUUCGACAUCAUAUACUUUGAAUCCAUCUGAGUCGUCCUUUAUUCGGGUUUUCAAUGCGGAGAGAGUGUUGGACGGUGGUUACCGCUACUACAUUGUCACAUACUCGCCAUUCGAGGAUGGGCGCUUUAAAUUCUGGGCUGUGAAGGGGGGCUUGACAUCGCAAUUGAUAAUCGAAGAUCUGUUCCCCGAAGCUUCUUUUCGACCCUUGGAUCCCGACUCCACAGGGAAUAUGUUCUGGAGUAUUGCCGACUUCCAGGUUAAGCCGAUGGAUGAGGGAAAGCGCAUGGAGUUGUGGGUUUUGUGGAGAAACAACAGCCUCUACCAGCUGUACACACUGCACUUCGACUUCCAAACUUUGGAGAAAGAUUGGUCUACAAACUGGGUGUCGACAGCUGUGGAAACUCGCAGACAGGAGCUGCCGCCAGCUAUGGUAUCUGCCGAUGUUGUGGACCCGACAGAAAAGUGGUUGAAGUUCCUUUUGCAACCUAAUAGAUACUUGCCAGAGGUUCUCGAGACUGCUUUGACGAUCUACCAAGAGGCUCUCAAGCCGCUGUCUUCAUCGCCUAUUACUCCGAAGAAAAGCGCCCCCCUGCCAGAACGACUAUGCUCCACAAUCGCGGCUACAGUGUCACUUAGAAAGUACGCAGAAGAUGAUAUGGAUUUUGCACGAUACGGGGUCGACACGGAUGCCAAAUGGCGGCAGUUCUGGCAAAUCGCCGAUGAUAUUAACAAGCGAAGAUUCGAACCGCUCUCACUUUCCUACGACUCCUACUAUGAAGUCCCGUGGAUGCUUCUUUCUGACAGCUGUGCUGUGAUUCGGGAAUGUAGCUCCACUGAGCUGCUUCUUCAUAACUCUGGCACCGAACUUCACUCGGAAGUACCCAAGAUUGUGGAUCGUUGGGACCAUAGGAACCUGGGUACGGAGAUUGGUGAUCUCUUUGCACAGGCAUCUUUUUUGGCGGAUGUUUCUUCAGGGUUCAGGAGGAGGUUCCCAGCCGAGCUUGACACAGCUUGUCUGCGUGCUAUUGAAGCGGAGAUCUAUAGCGAGCCUUCGUCUUCAAUUCCGGAUAGAAUGGAUGCUUUCCGAGAUCGGUGCGACUUUGGGGAGCUGCUCCCCAAUAAGACUUACGAUGGUCUAUUCGCAGCUAUGAAUGCGCAUUUGAAUAUCUAUAACCUACCGAACGAAAUCUUCUACACCCUCAUUGAUACUGUCCCGCUUGGAUUCCCGGGCAAGGACUCAGACCUCCUCGCUACCGCUUUCGGUGUCAGAGUCUCGGUGAAUGGUGUUCAGGAAACAAUCCUACUUACACGCCAAGUUCUAAUUGACCUCUUGGUUCUUGUUGUUUUCUUGGACAGCGAAGUGCAGCAAGAGGAAGAGUCAAAUUUCGACGCGGGGGAUCUAUUCGCAACGCUCAUUUCUCUGCUAAGAGAGUACGAGAUGAUGUCUUGGCUCAGCUCGAAUGUUCGGAAAUGUGCUGACAGGUCUACAAAGACCGCUGCUGACACGACUCCGAGCUUCACUCUGAAGUCUUCCGAAUCGCAGAGCAAAGGUGAGAGAAUGGCGACUAUUUUGGAGGAUCUGUUUGCUACAGACAUCAAGCCGCGUCAAGCCAUUGGGCUGUCUCAAGGGUAUACGUUGACUCUUGGAAUACGAGAUGUUUUGUCUUGGGUCACGCGCCAAGGAGAAGUGGCUUACCCAAAUGCUUUGGUUUACAUCCAGUGCGAUCUCAUUGCGAAAAACAAUAUUGAUCUCGCAUGGGACUUCCUCCGCUUUCAGGCAAGUACCUCUUGGGCGACUUACGUAAAGGGUCGUCUAUACGUGGCUAUGUUUGAAUUUGAUACUGCAGCCAUCUACUUCCGGAAGGCUGCGUAUCUCCUUUCUUGCGGCAAGCCCCUCGGUAAUCUACACGAGAUGUCCUCGACGCUUUUGGACAUUGUUUCGGUGGAUUGCUUCCACAAUGGUCUUCCGAAGUAUUUCCAGCACAUUUUGUCCGUAUUUGAACAAGUGCGCUCUUUCACCCACGUGGCCGACUUUGCUAGCCUUGCAUUGCAGGCGCUUGAAAGCGAGCGCAGGAAUGAGCAAGACCCUGAGUACACAACCUUGCGAACUGACCUCCUCUCGCGUCUGUUCCAUGCGUCUUUGAGAACGUGUCAAUUUGACCAAGCCUACUCUGCGCUCUCUCGCUACCGGGAUCUCGCAUUGCAAAAGUCAGCUCUCAGCUCUCUCAUCACAAACAUUCUGGCUGCAUCAGGACCAGGAACUACCGGCCUCCGACAGAUUCUCCACUUCCCAACUUCGCUAAUCCCCAACGUCGCUUCCUAUGUGGACGAGACUUUAGUUUCGCUCGCCCGAAAGCAGGCUUCAUUCACUCCUUUCUUGGAAGCUGGCAACAAGUGGUCUGACAACAACACCCCUGACUACCAACGAGUUCUGCAAGCAUACCGUAUUGCACGGAGCGACUACCGUGGCGCUGCUGAGAUUGCGUACCGCAAUGUUCAACGCCUACGGGACGCCAGAGAAAGCCCAUCGUCGCAUCUGGUUCUCGGCAAACCCAAGGAAAUCGACGAAUCAAAGCCCACGGUCGAAGAGGACGACCCGGAGAGCAAGGAGAUCAGACACGAGCUUCUGUCCUUGAUCAACCUCCUUGCAUGCGUGGACAAGAGCGAGGCCUACAUUCUCGUAGAGAAGGAAAAGCCCAUCACCCCCACCACCGACAGACGCAGAAGCAUGCAAGCCGACGACGAUGGCAACGUCUUCAUGGACGAUGCUGACAUGGGCUCACCGACACCCUUCUCAUCCAACCGCCGCCUCAGCGCCAGCACGGGUGGGCUGAAAUCCUCCACUCACGGAGACACCAAGUCCUCAACCACCACUGGCGCGACCGGGCCCCAGCACAGUCAUAAUACCGCACCACAGCGACGGGUCAUAGUCACGCUUGACCACCUGCGGCGCGAGUAUCAAUCCGAACUAGACCGAGUGAGCAGGAUCGAAAGGGGUGAUUGGGAGUUUGGGCUUCUUGAUGCCGCUGAUGAGGCGGAUAAUGAUGAAACGAUGGUACUUUCUUAG